AUGGUUCUGCUGGUCUGGAUGCUAGGUAUAUUGUGCCUAGUUUCCUUUGCCAACGGAUUCUCUCAUGGUGCAAGUACAUCUGCUUGUACUGACAUGAAACCAAAGCACAUCGGUGCUCAUCCACAAGAUCUACGCAGCAACUUUAUCACAGUGUACACUGACAAGACUACAUACCUCCCUGGGGAAAAACUACCAGUGAUUGUAAGGAGCACACAAGACUUCAUGGGCUUCUUUAUGCAGGCUCGCAGAGUGGUUGAUGAUCAAGUGACUGGAACAUUCAUUCUCACUUCCUCGGGGUCUAAACUAAUGAAAUGCUCUGAAGAUGGCGACACCGUGACCCACUCGGACAAAUCACUGAAGAGAAACCUCUCCUUCAUUUGGAAAGCACCAGAGCAACUCACUGGUGACAUCAAGUUUUUUGUUUCAGCUGUCCAGUCAUACUUCAUUUACUGGACCAGAAUUGAGUCUGGUCUCAUUUCUGACCAAAAACAGAAUUAUUCCAUUUCAACGCAGAAUGACGAAUUGAAGGAAACGUUCCAGGUGUCUGCAUAUAACAGCACUACAGCCAGGACAGCUGCUUCUGUUGAAGAUUACAUCAACCCUCAAACAACUUCUCAGAUGGCACAAGGGCUUUCACAAACUCCACUCAUCACCGCAGACUGGUACCUCAGACCACAGGCUGCCCAUGCAGAAAACUCUUUGUCUGAAUUGACCGGAUAUUCUCAAGAUCACAGCCCCUCGACCUCUCAAUCCAGCUUGCAUCAGAAUCAGAAUGAGAGACGUCUGCAGCCAUCCCUGAAUUCUGCUAACAGACACAUAUUGACUGGCAUCCAGAUUCUGGAGAGCAGCCUUCUGCUGAAAACCACAGAUUUCAAGAUUCUUGAAGGUGAAGAUACUCUGAAUAGUGAUUUUCAUCUAGCCUUUCAAACUUGUAUGAAUUGCAAUGAUAUUGUACAAGUCAGCACCUGGUCCGCUUCUGAAACGGAUUCAGAAUUUUCAGCAGCACUUUCCUUGCCAAUAAGAAUUGGACAGCAAUAUUCCGCCUUGUGGUUUUCUGACUUCCCUCCUCCCGAGGAAAUGGACUGGGCACCUGCGGAUAAAGACACUCUCAGAAACCCGGGAAGUGAAGCCAUUCCGGACUCUGCACUAUUUUCAAACGCAAUGAACAUAAAUCCAACGCUGACUGAAAACCAACCGACAACACACCGUGCUUCGGCAAACCUCCUGCAGUUGGUCAAAAACUCGGGUUCCAGAGCUGAUCUGGGUCAAGUGGCCAGAAACAUGUCCCUCGGGGUGACACACAGCAUGCGGGAAGAAAGUGUAACAAGCCGAGAAGGGAGCCUUGCAAAGGAAGCCAAGCUGCGCGUUCCUCAGUUGGGAAUGCUUCUCGGCUGUUCUGCUGCCCUCGGCAUGGCAUUAGCAGUAGGGUUACGUCAUUUUCUCUCCCAGUAUUGUCGGAAACACACGGAGGUAUCCUUUGGCAACCCGGACAGCAGCAUCAUCAGUGUGGGAGAGAGUGGUGAGCUGGUGCAUGUCAGAAAGAUACGGGAGAACAGUUUUGUGCUGGUUCAGGCUGAAUACAAUGUGAUUACACCUUCAGGCACUGGUGGAAAGUAA